GUCCUUCCAUCAUCCAAUCCACUCCACAGCCUCUGGAGACCACCUCACACAGAAACAGAGGCCCCUUCUUCCUAGCUGCUCAAUCCUCCAUAGAUGGGUUCCCUGCGGAGCAGCACAAGCACGGCGGUGGAGAGCGUGGACGCAGAGGCGGCGUGCGGGCUGCUGGCCUUGGAGCAGUACGGGUACGUGGACGUGCGGAUGUGGGAGGACUUCGAAAAGGGCCAUGUUGCCGGUGCACGCAACGUGCCCUACUACCACUCAGUCACGCCCCAUGGCAAGGAGCGCAACCCGGACUUCGUCGACCAGGUUGCUGCGCUCCACUCAAAGGAGGACCGGUUCCUUGUUGGCUGCCGCUCUGGGGUCCGGUCCAGGCUCGCCACCGCAGACCUCGUCGCUGCUGGGUUCAUGAACGUGAAGAACCUGGAAGGUGGUUACCUCUCCUUGCUCAAGAGUACCAGUUACCCACAGCCCCAAGCAGCCAGCCACCAAUGAUCCAUCAAUUGAUUCUUGUGAGAGUUUCGAAAAAGUUCGUUAGUGACCUGUUUGUGUACUGUGUUUCUAUCACCCUUCGUCUUCUUCUUCUGAAGAAGAAGAAGAAGAAGAAGAAGCAAGUCCUUCAGCUGAGGCGGACAUCUGGGAUUUAAUUACUAUCAAAGGGAAAACAAAGCCGUAUGUAUGUAGGUACGUAUAUUGGACAUGGACUUUGGACCAACCAAUUCCCAAGAAAUAAAAAUGUUUGCGUGUACAGCUGAGUACCUGUUUGACA